AAAAGGCUUUUAGAAGGCUUGUCCGCCUCCCCUUUCUCUUUCAUGCUUUAUAUGGUACAGGGAAUAACAAACCCUAGUGAGGGCCACUUAUACAAAAUUUUCUGCAACUUUGUUAUUUAGCCUUCACAAGUAUAGAAUUUCUUCACCCUUCAAACAGUCCGCCGCCCACUUUUGCUCUUUUCAGCUUGUACUCCAUUUAUAUACAGUCCUGCUUUUGUGAAACAGCAGGCGCACCGAUUGACCCACUUUCAUGACUUUUCUUUUAUCUCGUGCAUGCGCGUGACAUCUUUUUCUUCAUAAUGCCUUGGCUCUACUCUACCUUGAAGGGCUAUUUAUAGAGCCCGGGAGAACCAUUCUUCUUUCGUGAACUCCAAGUCUUUUGCCUUGGUAACUUCAAAGAUUGGGAGAAGUUCAGGCAAGAAUUUGCUUUGUUCACUUGAAAGAUUGAGAGAAGUUAGGGUGAGAAUUAGAUUGAAAGAAGUUGGGGGCAAGAAUUUGCUUUGUUUAUUUCAAAUAUUGAGAGAAGUUGAGGCAAGAUUUUGCCUUGUUCACUUCAAAGAUUGAGAGAAGUUGAAGUGAGAAUUCGCCUUGUUCACUUCAAAGAUUGAGAGAGGUUGGAGCAAGAGGGGCAAUGAUUCACCUUGUUCACUUCAAAGAUUGAGAGAAGUUGGAGCAAGUGAAAUUGAGGCAAGAUUCGCUUUGUUCAUUUCAAUUAUUGAGAAGUUGAGGCAAGAGUUUGCCUUUUCAAGAUUGAAAGAAAUUGAAUUGAGAAUUCACCUUGCUCACUUUCAAGAUUCAAGAUUGAAAGAAAUUGGAACAAGAAUUUGCCUUGUUCACUUCUAAGAUUGAAAGAAGUUGAGCAAGAUUUUGCCUUGUUUACUUCCAAGAUUGAAAGAAAUUGGAGGCAAUAAUUUGCCUUUUUACUUCCAGGAUUGAAAGAAUUUGAGGCAAGAAUGAUGAAGAUGGAGGCUUCUACAAAUUUUGUCAAGCAAGUUUGGUCUGUAGUGAGAGGUGUUGUGAAAACCAAGUCUACUGCUCUGAAAGACAGAGCAACUGAUGUAAUGAAGUCAAAACUGGUUGCUCUUGGGCUUGUCAAGAACAAGAAGAUAUUCAAGGCGAUUUGUCAUAAGAUGAAUGUUUUGUUUCAUGCUGAGAAGGAGGAGAACAAUGAUAAUAUGGCGCUUGCUGUUUGUGCUCCUUCUGCUGCUGAAGCAAAGUAUGAGCCGGCUGAGCUUGAUUAUCUGUCACAUACCCUGUUUGAGUCACCAAGAAACUCCAUUUCUUCUAUGCUUGAUGGUCGGCUUUCUACCUGUACUGAUUUGGUCGAGCUGGAAGAUGAAAUUGAUGAUCUGGCUGACAUUUUUAUCAAAAGAUUUCAUGCCCAGAUGCGAUUUCAGAAGCAGAGUUCUUUCAAGCGCUACCAGGAGAUGCUCAACAGGGGUGUCUAAGUGCCUCUGUUUUUUCCAUAGUAGAAAAAAAUACAUCAGAUCCAUCAAUGAUUAUUGUAUGAAUCAUUGGACGAUUCUUAUUAGAAGCACAGUUAGGAAUAAUUUCAUAUAUUAUAAAUCAUUUGUAUUGUCCCAUACAAAAAAUUAUAUAAAAAAUCUCACAGAAUCGAAUAAAUGCCAAUAAUUUUUCCCGACAGAUCUAUCAGAAUUUAUUGUCCCACAUUCUCUGAUAUUCAGUCUUUUCUUUCAUUUGCCCCAUUUAUUUGUGGAGUUAUACUCCAUCACUGGUUAUAAAUUGUAUUCAAGAAUUUUUCAAAAUGAAAUGACAAUAGAAAAUACUUCAUGAUUGAUAUCCU